ACGUGCCCUGUACUUCUCUUCCAGCAGUGAUGAUGAAUUUGAAAUGUGUAAGUAAUAGCACAUGAUAAUUUGUUUUCUGAAGGAGUUUGAAAGGGACGCAUUUCUAUUUAGUUAUAGCAGAGUAGCUUUUAUGUGUGACUUUCUUUACUUUGCAACAGGAGCAAUGAAUUUUCUCAUUGCAAUGCGAUGUUUGUGGCUGUAUGCCACAGUGAGUGUUCUUGAAUCUCAUGUCUCAGUCUUGGAUGCUUUUUGCUUUGCAUUAUUUUUUUUCUUGUUGCCCCAGUUUUGUCUGUUCCCUGUCACUCAUUUGUUACCUUCUUAGUCUGUGAGCAUCUUUGAAGAAACAUUUUCUCUAAGCAGUUACAGUUCCAAACACGUCUAAGCUGCUCAGAAUUCCGUUAUGGGUCAUGGCUUCUGCUGCAUGAGUCUUAGACAGUUGAAGGGAUGUUUUUGGCUUUUCAUAGUGGCUCAAGGUCUUGGUAAGAUGGAAUUUGAAUACUAGAUUUUAUAUGGUGGCUUUUGCUCUGCAUAACUUCCGAUCUUUGUUUAAGCCUGUACAUACAAAACCUGAGAGUUGUAUUUUUCUUUUUCAUGAUAGCCAUUAUGACAGUUGUUUUGCGCGAGGGUAGUUGACUACACAGUUGCAAGAGUUCUAUUUAGCUUGUUCCUUAGAUGGACUAAUUGUGGCUCGGCCACAUCUCAAGUGGGUUUCAAACUGGUAAGUAAUUUAAAGGUUUGUAAAUCUGCCCGUAAGUUCCUCAUUAUGUAUUCAACAUUUGAACAGAGAUGGUAGAAAGGAUAAGGUAAGAAGUCAUACCUGUUUAUUUUUGCCUUUUGCGUAUCACCCUUUUGUUAAUCCAGCUGCUUUUAAAGCAGGUUCUCAUUACUUCGGAGUUGUCGUUGUGCUCCAGCUCAGUGCCAUGUGAAUGAUCGUAAGCUUUGUCAAGCCUUACUACUUGUAUCCGGUUGAAUUACAAUGUGCUGUGUACAGUUCCUGCACUACCUCUGGGCUUUUAAAUAUGAUAAAUAUUACAAUCCUGUCCAUUCAUUACAUCAUUGUUCACUCCCCUGUAAUUUUUUAAACUUAAGUAUUUGACAGUCAGCUCUCUUUUUCUACUCUUCUUCUUUUUCUAAACUGCCACGCUACCACUAUACUGGCAGUUAAGAAAAAGUGAAUUGAAAAUAUGUGUCAAGAAACAAGAUAAAGAUAAUUGAUUUAUUAAGUAGGAAGCUGUAUUUUUCUGUAAGCUUUUGAUUUCCUGUGACCAGCUGUCAGCCUGAUUAGUUUGCUCCUGCUUCAUUGUCUAAGAACCAUAAUGGUGGUUGUGAUCAUCUAGGAAAGCUUCUGUCUGCUGGCCGUUUGUGCUUCAGUGAGCCACCUUGAUGAUGGAAGGCAGCGGAUGGUGUGCUUGCUUCUUUUGUAAUGAAGUCAUGAAGCUGCUGGGUGCUAAAAUGGAAAAUAACUUAUUGCUCCGAGUACUUGUUGAGCUUCAAGGUCUUAGAUUCUCCCCCCAACUCCUUGAGCUCCUCUUCAAAGAGGUUAAUGCUCAAUCCCAUCCUAUGCUUUUUAACUUAGAAUGUGCUUUCAGAGUAGCAUUUGGAUGUAGCUCAGCUGCUCUUCCUGGUACCAGAAUCUACAAAUGAGCCAUAAAAGCUUUAUCAAGCAAACCUGUCUUCUGGUUUUGGGCUUACAGCAUAGUGCAAAUAUUUAUAAUCCAAUAGAAGUCAUGCAUGCAGCUUCAGACUGUGAGAGCAAACACUCCUUAAUUGCUUUUUUUUUUUUGCCUACUAAGUUUUGAGGAAGGGACAGUGGCUUCCGUUCUCCCCAGCCUGACUUAUGUUUUAAUGAAGUUUGUUCCCCUUCAACUUUCCUGAAUCAUGAUGUUGAAAGUGUGUGAAAUUUUGGUGGUAUUUCUGGUAAUUCUCAAGAGUCACCACUUCAUGUGCAGUACUGCUGCCUGAACUGGUUUUGCGUUUAGCAGUCACCACAGUAUUCCUGGAGGGAUUAGAAUGCAUUUGUUUCUGAGAUGUAGUAUUGAAUUGCUGUUCAGCAGUGGGGGAUUAUUGUUACCACUUCAUUUCAAUGUGUUUUUUUGGAGACAUUUAGUGGAAUGAACAUAUGGACACCCUUUUGCAGUAGGAAGACUGCUACCUGCAGUCAUUGAAAUGCUAGGAGAAAAAUAUUGAUAAACCCAUUCAAUUCCACCCACAUAUAUGUGCGAUCCACAUAUAUGAGGAGGAUACUGCAGGAUACGUAACAGCACUUAUCUGCCCUUGUGUUGGGCAAGGAUUGAAUAAUGAAGGAGAUGCUAGAAAGCUGCUGUCAGCUUUGAGGAACUGAGAGAUGGAAUUACAUGUAAAGGAUUCUUAUAUUUGGUUUUUUUGGUUUUGGGUUUUUUUUUUUAAGGUUUUAGACUGGAUUUUUACUAGUUGCAAACUUUUUUCUUAAAAUAAAUGUAUAACAAAAGAAACAGAACUUUGCGCUUAAUUAAUCUUUUAUUGUUCCAGUUUUAGCUAGAAUGAAAACUCCAAAAUCUGUUUCUAAAAAGGAGGAUGCAAGUUUGAAGGACUUUAUCGAUGACUUGGAUGAUUUCUGGGACUUUGAAGUGAGAAAAAGAACAACAAAGAAUGAAGGGUGUUCAGAUCCCAAAGAAGUUGACAACUUCUGGAAAGAAAAACACUUGUUGCCAAGAACUUCAGUAUUCAGAGGCUUCAAGUGACAGUGAAGAUUCUGUCUUUUUAGAAAAUUCAUGGCAUGACUACCAAAAAGGGGGGGUGAAAGACUUGGAAGAGAGUCGAAGGUGCAUGAAAGUCCCACCUCCACAGAAUCUGCAAGGGUCAAUUUCCAGAGGCAGUCUAGACUUGCUUGUUAGAAGGAAAGAAAGAAGCUGUGAAGAGAGCACAGAAAAUAGGGUUCCAGCUGCAGCACUACAAAAAAGUAAAGAGGCAGAGUCAGAUAGCUCAGAUGACGAUUUUGAAUCAGUAAUAGAACGGAUAAGGAAACAAAGUGUACCCCGAAAGCCAGUCUUAAGCACAAGUAAAACUGUGUACCAGCCAAGCACAAUAGAAAACAUCAAGCCACCUUGUGAAGAUGUCCAGCCCUUGAAAGGGGAGGGAGUCAAGACACCAAGGCCAAGCUCCAUUUCACUUCAAGAAACACCUUCCAGGAUAACAGCUUCUGCAAGAAUUCCUAGGAGUGAAUUGGUCAGAUGCUCACAAUCGGCAAAAACAGAGAAAAGGCUCAGGGUGUGCUCAGUGCCUGGCUGUUUCUUGCAAGAUCUCUCAAAUCCAGCUUCCCACUAUGUGAAGUAUUUCAAGAAAAAUAAAGAGGAGCUGACACAGAAGCUCUAUUGUCUGUAUAAUAGUACCAUCUUUGAGGAGAAGUUACCAGAGAAAAUGGCAAUAAACUGGAAUAAGAAAAUGAGAAGAACAGCAGGAUAUUGUGUAACUGGGCAGACAGAAGGUCCUGAAGCAAAGCGUUAUGCUCGCAUAGAACUUUCUGAGAAAGUCUGUGACUCUGCAGAUCGUCUUCGAGACACGCUCAUUCAUGAGGCUUGCCAUGCAGCCACCUGGCUGAUCAAUGGUGUUCGUGAUGGACAUGGACGAUUCUGGAGAUUCUAUGCCAAUAAAUCAGCUAAGAUUCAUCCGGAACUGCCAAUAGUAACACGAUGCCACAGCUAUGAGAUUAAUUACAAAUUCAUCUAUGAGUGUGUUCUGUGCAAAGCUACGAUUGGACGUCAUUCCAAGUCUCUGGACACAGACCGCUUUGUGUGUGCAUUCUGUGGGGGGCAGCUGGUCCUGAAUCAGCCCACUCGGAAGGAUGGCACUCCUGCUAGGACACAUCUCACGCCCUUUGCAAAGUAUGUCAAAGAAAACUAUGGACUUACUAAAAGAGAGCAGUAUGGGCUGAGUCAUGCAGAAGUCAUGCAGAAACUCAGUGCUGAUUUUGCUUUAAAAACUAGACUUCAAGAUUCCUUGUAAUAUCUCCAUAUGCUUCCUUUCUUGAUACUGCUUAAACUUUGCAUGUAGAAGUAACUAAGUCCAACGUGUCUAAGAAUGCAUUUCAGAGAAUUCCAGAUAAUUUUAAUCCCUUAGCAUUAAAUACUUUAUUAAAGAAGAACUUAAGACAUUUUCAAAAACGGACAAGAGUGAGCAACACCAAAUCACCUGUUCACUGGCUCAUGUGACUUGAUCUUUGCUGACCAUCACGCUCGCCCCGGUCACUGCCCCAAUGACACAGGGACCCUGUGGUCUGACACCAGCUACUGCACUCAUGCUCCCGCACAUGCGUGUGCGCACAGGAUAGAGAAGCCUCACCCAGGACAGAGCCAGGGAGGAAUUUAAGGACACAGGGCAGGCUCCUCUGGUCAGUCGCAGGUGAGCGUGCGGGCAAGGUGCUGGCAGCUGGGUGCCACUGCUCUCACUGUCCCGUGAGGCAGCUGCAACGGAAAGCCCUGCACAGCGCCCGACGAACUGUCCUGAGGAUGGAGGACCAUCACCAGCCAGCUGGUGUGUGUGGGGGAAAUUGGCGAUGCCUGUGUGGGAAUGAGAGCUGUAGGUGAGGGGCUGAGUGGGGAUAGGUGCUCUGUGCCGCUUGUACCCAGGACCUCCAGCUGGGGAAGACGCUGCUACCGCUGUGGCUUCAUCCUCUGAUAAGGGUAAGAGAUGCACUCUGUGUGCUGCCACCUCCCUCUCCUGUGGUGUCUCUGUCGGGGACCUCUUCCUUCUCUUCCUCCCAGCCUGUGAGUUCAGCAUCAGAUGUUGUGUGGCCAGCAGGGACAAGCCCCUGGCCCUCAGCCCCUGCUGCCAAGCACUGGUCGCCCAGGAUGCCCUGAGCAGUUCCCACAACACCGGCACUGUCGUCUGCUGCCUGGAGCGCGUCUGCAGGCCAGGGUGGAGCCAACAACUCUACAGCUUCAGCUGCUGAUGCGAGGAGAGGCUCCCUGUGCCCUGGGUCCCCAGGACCUCCGGCCAGGCAAAAGGCUGCUGGCUCUGUGUCGGGCUCUGCUGAUGGAGCAGCCAAUGUGCGCUGAGGGCGGUCACCUGCCUCUUCCACAGCGUCUCUGGGUGUGCUGCUGGCUGAGCUUGGUGCCUUCUGAGGGCCUGCACGUGGCUCCUGGCUGAGUCUCUGCAGACUGGGUCGCAUCCAGAGGGUAAGGAUGGAGGUUUCUUCCUCCAGAUGACUCUGCUGGCAGGUCUUCAGCCAGGACAGGUGACCCGAGGUAGCUAAAGAGGUAUACCUACCAUAUGAUGUCAUACAGAGUAUAUAAACGGGAGGAAGAAGGAAGGUGGGGACACUUGGCAUUAUGGCGUUUGUCUUCCCGAGUAACCGUUGGGUGUGAUGGAGCCCUGCUCUGCUGGGGAUGGCUGAACUCCCGCCUGCCCGUGGGAAGUGGUGAAUGGAUUCCUUGCUUUGCUUGCGUGUGCGCCUUUUGCUUUACCUAUUAAAUUGUUGUUAUCUCAA